UCGCGACCAUUAUAAAUACAAAGGUACAGGAGAAAAUACGGUUUCGGGCUUUAAUAGAAGUUAGACCCGCUCGACGUUGUUUAGGAGAUGCGAAGCAUUCUUGCUUUUUAUUCAAAAGCCGACGGGACCAACCACAACAUCAAGAUUAAAUCUUGCGUUUGGAAUUGUCACCAUCAAGGUCAUUCUUGUACAUGAUCACAGUGCUAGUAUCCUGGUAACGGCGUUAGACGAAAAGAGCGUGGAAACUGUACUGCCCAUAUUCCACGACGCCCAGCAACACGUGGGUAAAAUAAAAUGGGAGACACGAAAGCUGCCAACGGACAUGCAGAUCGAGAAACCGAUUCAAGAUUAGCAAAACGACCACGACUUCUUGAAGCAAAUCAAGUGAAAAAUAAGGCCACAGUAAUUUUGGGUGCUCAAUGGGGCGACGAAGGAAAAGGCAAAGUGGUUGACAUGCUCGCCGGUGAUGCUGACAUUGUUGCUCGAUGCCAGGGAGGUAAUAAUGCUGGUCACACUGUUGUUGUAGGCGACAAAGAAUAUGAUUUCCAUCUACUGCCCAGUGGUAUCAUUAACCCAAAAUCCAAAUCAAUCAUUGGCAAUGGUGUGGUAGUUCAUUUGCCCCAAAUGUUUGAAGAGCUGCAGAAGAAUGAAGCAAAAGGAUUGACCCAUCUGAGAGACUGUCUCUUGAUAUCUGAUCGAGCACAUUUGGUGUUUGAUUUCCAUCAACAAGCUGAUGGCUUGCAAGAACAAGAAAAAGGUGGUAAAUCAUUAGGAACAACAAAAAAAGGCAUUGGUCCAACAUACUCUUCCAAAGCCACACGCAAUGGAAUCCGUAUUGCUGAUUUGAUCGGUGAUUCACAGAUCUUUUCGGAAAAAUUGCGUACCCUGGUUGCAGCUUAUCAACGCAUGCUACCUGACCUGAACGUAGAUAUCGAGGCCGAGCUAGAAAAAUAUAAGGGAUAUGCCGAGCAAGUCCGUCCGUUCGUCGUUGAAACUAUUUCAUAUUUGAAUGGUGCCAUAAAGGCAGGGAAAAUGGUCUUGGUUGAAGGGGCUAAUGCUGCCAUGUUGGAUAUUGAUUUUGGCACUUAUCCGUACGUCACCUCAUCAAACUGCAGUGUUGGGGGUGUUUGCACAGGGCUUGGUCUACCACCAUCACUUAUUGGUGAUGUUUAUGGCGUAGUCAAGGCUUAUACAACACGCGUUGGAGAUGGCCCUUUCCCCACCGAGCAAUUGAAUGAAAUCGGGGAAUUGCUCCAAACACGUGGAGGUGAGAUCGGUGUGACUACCAAGCGGAAAAGACGUUGUGGAUGGUUGGAUCUAGCAGUUUUACGCCAUACGCACAUGGUGAACGGCUAUACAGCUAUUGCCCUGACUAAGCUCGAUAUUCUGGACGUUUUGCCUGAGAUCAAAGUUGGUGUUUCAUAUAGCCUUAAUGGGAAAGAGCUGAACCACUUUCCAACGAGUACAACUGAACUUGCUGCUGUUGAGGUUAAUUAUAUAACAUUGCCUGGAUGGGAGGUGUCAACCGAAGGAGUUAGGACUUUCGAUGAUCUGCCUGAGAAUGCUCGCAAAUACGUUGAACUAAUUGAAGAAAAACUAGAAUUGCCAGUCCGGUGGAUCGGCGUCGGGAAAGACCGAGGCUCAAUGAUUCAACUUUAUUAGUUGUGAUGGAAUUGUGCAUUAACUUAGGAGGUGCAGGACGGGGCGUCGUUAUCUCUAGGGUCGGAACAUCUAUCAUUUGGGGAAUUUUUCAUG